UAGGCCCGUGUCUGUGCUCCAUCGGAUGCGAUUUUAUCGUAAUGCGAAUCGCAAGUGGUGUCUGUGCUCUUCCGAUUCGCAUUGCGAUUUUGAGUUUGACGUUUGGCGAAGGAAAACAAAACAUUAUCGAAGAAUAAACAAACCAGAGAAAAGGCUGUUCUAUUCGUUUAACUAAACAAAGACUGUUCUGUUGUAUUGACUGUAAAUAGAAGUGUCUUAAACGUAAGUUAACUAUUAGAAUAAUGUACUGUAAGUUUGAGAUAUUUUGUUUUUAUGUUUGUUCAGUAAUGCAUUUGGUUUUGUGCAAUGAAAUCUAGAACAGUGUGGUUCAUAAUGGCUCUAGCAUCUAGUUUUUUUCCACCACAGGUAAAAUCAUUUUGGUUACUCAUGAAAUAAACUUUCCAACUUCUUUUGAGUUCUAGAUGCCGUUGAUUUUGUUGGCCACCAUUCCACGAUGAGAAUUUCUGAUCAGAUCAGCUCCAACUCCAUCAUGCGGCUGGAUGUUUUGCUUCCUCCGAUCAAGGGUAUUACACAUGGGUGAUAGGCAAAUUCAUAAAAAAAAAUCCAGAAUCGGUUCCGAAUGACUCCGCGAAAAUCGGAAGCAGAAGGUAGGUUCCAACACUCCAAACUUGGAACCGUCCGUAGUUGUCCAGAACUACUAAUCAGUAGUCGGAGUCGUCCGGAAAAGGAAUUGUCCAGAAACUCCGGCUGCACAAAGCUAAGGAGAAGCCUUUGGGUCAAUUACGAUACCUUCUGUAACGUUUGAACACUAUCAAAUAUUGCCGAUACACUUGAUACCCACGGAAAUUUCCCCGCCAAUACGUUUUCCGUUAUCAGUGCACCACCUAGAGGACAGAGCUCAGCGCAACUACUUUCGGAAUUAAAUGACAAAGAGUAUUAUCAAAACGAAGAACUUAUCCAGGUCGAGCAAGAAUAUUAAUGUUAACGGGUAUCUCUGUUGCUUCUAAUCGCUACUGCUUUUACUUUCUUCUUGAGCAUAACGGCGCUCUACGAAUCAAUUAUCAUAACCAUCAAUCAUUUUCAUGUGGGCUAAACUUUUUUCUUAUUUUUUUUAUUUGUAGAUGGAUUCGGAUUCUGACUCUGAGGUCAUGUUGAGUACAAAUUUCUCUUUGCGUUACAUCUUACUAAGGAAACGGCGCAAUAAAACCAACGAUCUGUGGAAACAUCGUAAGCGAAAUGGACAGUACUAUGUGUUAUUUCCCGAGUUAUUGAAACAAGAAGACAAGUUUUUCCAGUAUAUGAGAAUGUCGAAAAAAACAUUUUACUUUAUAUUGAGAAAGAUAGAACCUUUCAUCGCCAAGUUGCCUACACAUACUCCAUAUAUCUCUCCGGAAGAACGAUUGAUGGUAACUCUCAGAUUUCUUUCUACAGGAUUGCCGUUCAAAUCACUGUCGUUCACUUUCUGCAUCGCUCACAAUACGAUUGGUACAAUUGUUUAUGAAACAUGUGAAGCAAUUUGGAAGACAUUGAACGAAGAGUUCAUUCCUUUUCCAACAACGUCAGCUUUCAACAAAGUGGAAAGAGAGUUUCUUAACAAAUGGAAAUUUCCUAAUUGCAUUGGUGCCAUCGAUGGCAAACAUGUAAGGGUGAAGGCACCGUCAAAAUCCGGUACUCAAUAUUUCAAUUACAAGAAAUAUUUUUCUUUGCAUUUGCAAGCAGUAGCUGAUGCCAAUAGCAAAUUUAUAGCCGUUGAUGUUGGUGAAUAUGGGAGUCGUUGUGAUAGUGGUGUUUUUAAGUCAUCAACGUUGUAUCAACUAAUACAGUCGAAUCGCCUGAAUAUUCCUCCUCCCAAGCCACUUCCUGGCACUAGACAAGAUGUGCCUCACGUGCUCAUUGGCGAUCAAGGCUACCCAUUGAAAACUUUUUUACUGCGUCCCUACCCAGAUAGUGAAGAUCCAGCCAAACUUCAUUUCAAUGAAUUGUUAAGCAUAGCAAGACGUUGCGUUGAAUGUGCUUUUGGCAUACUAGUCGCUAAAUGGCGAUGCUUAAAAACAGAAUUACAAGUAACUCCAGAGCAUGUCACGUUAAUAGUCCAAACAACAUGUUUGUUACACAAUAUUUGUAUGGAAUUUAAAGAACCACUACCAAAUCCAGCUAAAAACACAAGGGCUUCAGAUAUCAAUUAUAAUAGAGCUAACAACCAUUCAUCUCACCAGGCAACGGAUUUAAGAGAUUAUUUCAAAAAUUACUUCUUUCAUCACAUCGAUUGAUAUAAUAUAAUGCUAGAAAUAGAUCUACGUAAACAUGUUUCGGUAAAAUAUAUUUUUCUCAAUUUUUUCUUAUUUCAAAAUAGUUACUGAAAAAACAUUUUAAAAUGAUUUUGUUUCCUGAUAAAUGGCUGGUUGUGGUGCAGAAAUUUUCCUACAGUUUGUGGUGUUAAUAAAAUAAUGCAUUUUCUUUCAAAA